AUCAAGAAACUGGACAAAUAUACAGUGUACACGGUGACCUGUGUAUGUGGAGUAUUUGUGCUUAACGUCUGUACUCUGUAACCUUUCGACUCCAACUUGGAUUACAUAUUUCAAGACAUUUUCUGUAUCAGUUUCGGGUUUUUCUAUUGUGUGAGCAUAUCCUGAGCCAGAAUCUGUGGAGGAAGACAGAACCCUUGCACUAAACGUAAUCGACAAGUGCAUCAGUGAACACGGCGACACGAUGAGCCAAGAGCGUCCCUCGUCGUUUUACUUUAAAGGAGUGCGUUUCGACAAUUCGUCGAACCUAAAGGCCUUGGAACUGGUGGAAUCAUUUGAAGUAAGAGAGGACGACGUCUUCAUCUCGGCGUACCCUAAAUCGGGAACAACAUGGACACAGCAGAUCGUCUCUCUGGUGUGUGCUGAGGGCGACAUCAGUGAGCUCUGCAAAGUCCCUCUGCAAGCUCGCACGCCUUGGCUGGAGACGCUGGACAUGUCAGGAAGGUUGGGUGUCGGUGCUGGCGAGCCCAGGCCGAUACUACUAAAGAGCGCCCCCUCUCCGCGACUGAUGAAAACGCACCUGCCCUACCACCUGUUACCUCAGCAAGCCAGGGACGGGAAGGGAAAGAUCAUCUACUGUGCUCGGAACGUCAAAGAUGUGGUUGUUUCGUGGCACAACAUGAGAAGGAUGGUGGAGCAUGUUCCCUGUGGAACUUGGGAGGAAAACUUCCAGGACUUUAUUACUCCGGACCUAGCUUUCUAUGGUUUCUGGUGGGACGUCAUCCCGGAGUACUGGCGACACAAGGAUGACGACAACUUGCUCUUCAUCAAGUAUGAAGACCUCAAGCGGGACUUGCGGGGCCACGUGGUGAUGAUAGCAGACUUCCUAGGCAAGACUCUGUCAGACCAACGAAUCGAUGAGGUGGUGGCGAACUGUACCUUUUCCGCUAUGAAGGAGAACCCGUCUACAAACUAUUCCCGCAACCCAAUGCUGCAGAAGGUUUUCAGCAAGGUGGAAGGAAGCGGCAUUGAGUUCAUACGCAAAGGAGAGGUUGGUGACUGGAAGAACUGGUUCAGCGCGGAAGAGAACGAGACUCUGGAGGCGAUUCACAAGGAGAAAAUGGCGGGAACAGAUCUGAGUUUUCAGUAUGAGUAG